UUGAAACUUCAUCAAAUUGACUCGACUGGCUGGUUGUCAAAUGUUUCUGGAUCUUUGCGUGAUAAUUUAGCAAUAGUAGAACAUUUCAGGAAUUUGGAUCCGUUUAGAACUGCAAUGCCACACAGGGUCCUUGCAAAUGUUAAAAUUGUUGAUAUUCAGAAAAGAAAAGUACCAAGCAAACACUAUGUGAGUAUCCAAGUAUGAGGUCCCUACAGAAAUAACCUUAAUUUAGUAUGCCGAAGAUCAUUGAAAUUGCACACAUGAAGACUGUAAUAAAGUCAGUGAUGUUUGCGAUCACCGUUUCGUUCUCUAUAUUUUGGCCCUCUUAGAUUAAAGUAAGCUCAAGUAUGUACAUGCCGAGAAAUCGAAAGCCACUUCACCUUGUUUUGUUUUUGGCAGGGAAAAGCAUAGUGUAGACUCGUGAUCAAAGAUUUCGCUUUCAAACAAACUUACUGAUUGCUAUACGGGAAUAGCCGACAUAUAAAAUAUAUAGCAAGAUUCUAGCUAGUAGUGAAGUUUUGUUGUAUUAUAGAGCUGUCCUCUAGGAACAGAUUAACUGCAUAGAUGUAUUUAUUGUGAUAGUUAUCUUCCUCCUGGUUGUAAUAAUUCAUUUAUAUUGAAUCCAACCAUUUUCUCAUGUUACGAUAAUUUGUGCUUCAGGUUUAUGUCAUAAAUGUCACUUGGUCUGAUGGAAGUGUCAAUGUCAUAUACAGACGAUACAGUAAAUUUUUUGAUCUUCAAGUAAGUAGAGAAAUUAAUAGUCAAGAGCUCUAUCCCCUUGCAGAUAACUUCAGUGUAGGUUUUAAAGUUGAUGAAAGACUUCUUGAUCUUAUCUUAACUAAAACUUCUAAACUUAAAGAUGAAGCAUCAUAAUUAUGCAUGUAACUUAGGCAGUUUGGAAAAAGUAAGCCCUAACUAGACAUAAGGGUGAGCUUCUUUAUGGGUACAGUGUACCUGCAGAUCCUGAUUUGGUCGCAGAUUUUCCAUCAAAGCAUAUGUUUUUUUGUGAAAUCAUGGCAUAUCAUGAAUUGUUUGGCAUGGUAAAAGCAAACUACUGGGAAGCUCAGUGUAAUACAACAAUGACGGAAAACGAGAAAAUAAACAAAACAAAGCUCUGAAUGUGCAGCACAGUUUUUGGCAUGUUUCUUUAAUUUGCUGUGAUUGCAUGGCUAAUGUUGCCAGACUUAAUUGAAAUGGCAUGUGAUCGUCAAUUUGAUCUCUUAAGAUCGUCGCUACAUCAAUGGCGACCAUCACAACUUGGAUUUCGUCAGAAAUACCCGUACUGACGAUCAAGGGUUAAAGUUGUAUUCAAGUCCACAAUCAUGCACCCUCUACAAACUGAGCUUUGCCUUGUAGCCAGAACGGAGGUUUCACUUUGCAAGUGAUUUGGUUAAAUCCAUAGAAAAUAAAGCUGGAGUGCCCUCAAAAACUUUGUAUUGGUAACAAUAAAAGGUGCAGGUGCACCACUGAGCUGUCAAGUAGGCUUAUGUACAAUAUGCUUUUGCCUCCCCACUAAAAUGCUCCACCUUAAUGCUCCAUUUUUCCCACUAAAAUGCUCGGUCUCCCCUAAAAAGUAACGAAAAUGCUCGGAUAAUGCUCAUUAUACAAACGGUUUUUAAAAUUAAUUUUAAAGUUUACACUUACAAAAACGUGCAAGUGUUGUAAGUAACAACGACAACGUGUAAAGUUCAUAAAUACGGCCAAAAGAAACAGCUGUAUUAGGUUUUUUUGUGAAUUUUGAGUUUUAGUCUUCAUUUUCUUUAAAAAAGCAGGAGCUCAUGGGACAUGGGCUCCUGAAAAAAGUUAAUUUCUAUUUUAUUUUCUCUGAAAAAAUUAAUUUUCCGGGGAAAAUGCCACUAAAAUGCUCGAAUAAUGCUCAAUGCUUUUGCUUCACUAAAAUGCUCGGAAAAAUGCUAGCAUAAUGUACAAAAGCCUACUGUCAAGUUAAAUGAGAGCUGGUAUUCCUGUGGUCGAUUGUGCAAUGUAUCUGUUUACAUUUCAUACUCAUAUGUGACCUUGAAAUGAAAGAAACAUAGCCUAACAUUCCAUUUAUGUUGAAGUUCAAAUUGUUUUGAAAUUUCCUGACUUACUUGAUCCACCACCAUAAAAUUAAAGUUUGAGACUCUCUUAUCAAAGGAUAUUGAGCCACAUUUAUUAACUUAGUCUUGCAUUUGUACAGACAAAACUUUUAGAAGAGUUCCCAGAGGAAAGUGGUGUGAAGGACCCAUCCAAGAGAAUACUGCCAUUUUUACCAGGUAUGAUGUUUGCUGAAGUUUUUUAUUCACUCGUUUGUAAGGUAGUCUCCCCUAUAAAAUGACAAGGGUAGAAGUCAUACAUUUUUGAAAGAGUAGACCUUUAGGGUGCCUGUAAAAUCUAAAAGUAACUUUUAGAAGCCUAAUAGAGUAUUGAGCCAAAAACUGAAGUUAUUAGUAUUUCUUUUCCAACUAAAUCAUCAUCAUUGUCAGUGCCAGCUUUACAGUUUAAAAUAUACUUGGCCAUGCCCACAAAACUGAUGCCUCAAAGGGGAGUUUUCAAAAAUGUUGGACCAGUACUUCCAUUAUUCUGACUGGGAGUCGACACCCUUUCCAGUUCCCCUGCCAAAACAGGAUAUCUACGUCUUCAGUAGAGAUGACGAUAUUUUCUUCAGAGUUUGGAUAGCCACUACUUCUCCUGUAGUUUCCUCAGUGGUGAUAUUUAGCCGGCAUGUUCUUUUGUGCUGCAUAACAAACAGGUAAAAUCAUCUUUGGAAGAAGUCAUGUGCGGGAUGUUGCAUUGCGAAGAAAGGAACCAAUCAGUGAAUACUGCAAAGUAAGAGUCUUUAAGAUAGUUCUGAAGUUGUAACUGCAGAUCAGUGAAAAAAGUUGUCAGUUUUGAAGUACAUGUAUUUGGGUCAUUUCUUGCACCACCAUAGCCUUAAUUAGCCUUGUUUGGCUAACAUAAUGCAACUUUUGCAGUUUGCAUCAUUUCCAUUUGUCGUGCAGAAAAAGUACAGUGGAUGAUCCUGCAGAAAUUGAUUAUCUGUUUAUUGAUUAGAUUUGGUAUUGUCUCCUCUCAUUGUAUUUUAGGAACUGAUUUCAUUGCCUCCAAAGAUCUCAACAUGUGAUACAGUGUUAAAAUUUUUUGAGCCGAAGCCAGAGGACAUAGACCUACCUGCUAAAGAGUAAGUAAACUGGUUAUUCAUAAGAGGAUCUUUUCAUUGAAAAAUCUAGGGUAUCCUUAAGGCAUUACGACAGACUUUUUGUCUGUUUUUAGGUGUACUCCAUGUUCUACUUGAAUAGGUCCCCACUCUCUUACAAGUUGACUGCCCUUAAGAAGUAUAUACCCACCACCAUGGCUAUAAACUUUCUCUUACUAUUACUUUCAUUAAAAUUUAAAAUGUUAAUUGAUGGUGCACAAUCCAAAGCUUCAUUCAUUUUGUUACAUUCAUUUCUUAUCUGGAACUCAUAAUGAGCCUGCUUUCCAAUAUACAUGUUCAUGUACAUUAAUUUUGUAGGCUUGCCUAUCUUGAUUUGUUACUACUGUAGCCUCCUUUCAUUCCUUAAACGGAACCUCCACUCUUACUACAGAAUAAGUUUAAAUCGAAUAAAAUUAUGUUGAUAAACAAAUUUGUUCGAAAUUUGUCUUAAAAAAAGUGUUUAUAUCAGGAAAAGUGAAUUUAAAAUCACUUAUUUUCACUUUCAAAUUUCGCGGGCGCCGCCAUCUUGAAUAAUUGUGACGUGUUACGCUUGCUCUAUUGUUCUGACACAAAGAGCUUUUGUUUAAUAACAAUAGGGCAACCAUUACACGUCACAAUUAUUCAAGAUGGCGACGCCCGCAAAAUUUGAAAACAAAAAUAGGCGAAUCUAAAAGUUAUUUCUUUCGGAUACAAACGCUUUCUUUAAAAAUAUUUUAGAUUGACUUGACUGUAACAGUUAUUUCCUGUGAUUUAAAGUUAUCUUUUUGUUGAAGUGGAGGUUCCCUUUAAAGCUAAGGGUUUGAACUGCAGUAAAGCUGUUGAAAUGCUGAGUUGUAAUAAUAAAUCAUUUAAUCAAUUUGAUUGUUGAUUGAACGAGUUAUUAUGUAUAAUUAAGUGACAGGAGUUAGUGAUUCAAUAUUUUUUGUGCAUGUGUAUGUAAGUUCAUCAUGAACACGCCAAAUGCUAACUCAAACUUUUUUUUUCCAGCAAAGACAAGAAGAAGAAAGAAACAGGUACCGGAAACUCCAAUGCUGUUGAAAUGCACUUUUUUCAUUCAUUGUUCAUUUUAUCUACCAAAGGUUUCCGUCAUAAUGUGUGAGAUGCACUUGAAAAUAAUUUGCUGUCUUAUUUUGGGACAGUGCUAAAAACCAGGGUUUCAUAUUUUGAAGUAUUUACAUAAUGAAAUGCAAAGAUUUUUAAUUUUAAUUCAUUCCAUCCUGUAAAAGUUAAUUUCUGUUGUGAAUUGCUUAUAAUCAAUGUCUAUGCAGGUGCAGUCUUUAAUAAUACUUGUUAUGUUAGGUCAGUUUGUGGUCCGUAACUUGCUAUACGAACCAAAAUCUCAAAAGCAAAUGCUCAUCUCACAGCUCUAAAUCUCUUCAUCUUGAAAAAAGAGUUUGAAGAAAUUCAUGAGAUGUCUGUCAACCCUCAGUGAGGACUUAGAUAUUGAGUUCAUCCUUCAACAUUUCAACCUGUGAUUGUUUGUGAACGAAGGCAAAUGAAGAAACUGAAUUGAAUCUUAUCGAAGAACCGGAUUCUAGUCAGUGUUUGAAAAUUUUAUCACCUGUCAAAUGACUGUCAUAUCGCUUUUUCUGCACUUUUUUGUAGUCCCUCAAACAGAAAACCGUGUAAUAAACAUCUUUUUAGCCUCGUUUUUUUCUUCAAUUUGUGAUCCUUGUGCUUGGGUCAUAAAUUGAUGGGAAAAAAACUCAGUCUGCAAUUUACAGUACAGACCGAAAACUCUGCUAGUGAGAUUUAUGUCUCGACAGCAUGGGUGGAAGCUACCAUCAAAUUCAUGGACCCUGAUAUAUACAUUGAGACACUCUUUUAAUUCAAUCCAAUUUUUGCAUUGCAGCUGAGAACAUCAGUGGCCCUGUGAUGCUGGAACAGUAUGUGGCCAUAGCCGACUACAAGAAACAAAACAGAAAUGAGGUUAGCAUGGUGGCAGGAGAUAUUGUGGAGGUUAUAGACAAGAAUGAAAAUGGUAAAUUUUGCAUUUUAUAUUUUCUACCUUGCCCAGUUUUUGAGAUAUGUUACAUAAAGUGUAGGUUUUAGUUUGGAUUUGGUGAGUCAGAGAAAUCCUGUUGUGUGACUAUUCAGAUGAAACCUCUUCAGUAGUUGUCACCUCUUUUCAUCCUUAACUGUUGAAUUUUCAGCAAUCAGCCAAUUUGAUUUCAUGUAAGGUGUGACCAUUCAAUUCAAAGCCAGGCUUUUGAGCUUGAAGAGAUUUUUCAAGUCACGUCUGGGUAAAAAAUCCUAUCUUUGUAAUUACAAUGUACAAUCUGACGGUGCUCUUCUACAAGUUUAAGAGAGUUUGUAAUGCAAUUCAGUUGUAAUCAUGCUUAUAUGAUUAAGCAAAAUCAGAAACCUAAAGUCUUUGACUGCUGAAUGUCGGCCAUUUGUUGGCCCAUAGGUGGCCGACUCUUGACUGAGUGUCAGUCAACAGAUUUUUUAGGAGCUUUUCUUCCUAAUUACCAUAUUACUUACCCGUGUUUUACCUGUGUUAUUCGUUAGGUUGGUGGUUUGUUAACGUGGAUGAAGAGCAGGGCUGGGUACCAGCGGCUUACCUUGAGAGAGAGGACGGCUCACAAGAUGACUUUGCAGAUCAGCCAUGUGAGGCAGGUAUGUCUGAAAUGAAGUUGCACUGUUUUACUCCAUAAUUUUGCGAGACUACCCUCAAGAAAAAUAAUAGACAGUGCACAGUCUCCUAUUUUUCCGUAUGUAAGAUCUUCUAGCACACCUACCCUUACUGGCGACCACCUUGGUUUCAAAUGUACCAGGUCUAGUCUGGCGAUAAACCUAGCCUGCGGAGCAAGCGCAAAAAGAGGAGAGGGAGAUGGAGAAAAGAAGCACUUCAGUACCACGCUAGCCUGUUUCAAGCGUUCAGAUAGUGAAGACGGGCAGAGUGAGCAGGUAAAACAGCGAGGUGGUAGAGUAGGGGUGAGAUCUUUUCCUCUCUCCCGCUCUUCCACCAUUUUUUUAUACCGUUCUCUCUGACUUCGCGCCGCAUUCCACUAUCUGAACGUCUGGAUCCCGGGACCCGCCCCCUCGGUACAUUUUAAACCAAGAUGACCGCAAGUUACAUUGAACGCUUGAACUCAACGAUCUUAUGGAAAAAUAAGAGAUCAAGAAAAGGAGCAAUCUCAGUACAAAUCCAGAAAGACAAGGUUUUUGAGUUUCUUGUUUAUCUUCAUUAUUUGUAUUUCUGCAAUCGACAGAGAAAUUCAUGACCACAUCAGCAUACAAAGCAGAACUUGAUGAUGAAAUGAGCUUUGAAUUGGGUGUAAUAGUAACUGUCCUUGAGAAAAACUUUGAUGGCUGGUGGCUUGUUCGGUGAGUUUAAUUAAUCAAUUCCUCUAUGUGUUACUGACCCUGCCUAAAUCCUGCCUGGCAGUUUUCUGAACUCGUUUUCUUGUGUUGUAUAUGAUGGUACUUCCACUCCAAAUAGUGUUCCGGGGAAAAAUUCGCAAAAAAAAUAAAUUUCUUUCCUAAAAUCUUGAGAAAUUAAUAGUACUGUGCGAAAUUCCUGCCAAAGAGGUUUUAUUUGAAUGGUAACACUUUAGAGUUUCUUCCACAUAUAGAUGCAAAAGUUAGACAAAUGACCUCGCUAUAACGUUAUCGUGCGUACAGGGAACUGAAGUGAAGAAGGCGCAAGAUAUUAGUAGAGCUGUCGCAGCAUAGGGCCAUAGCUUACAAAAAUGGCACACCCGUAGAGAUCGAAAGUCAAGAUACUCAACUGGCGAUGCAAAUAUAGGGCACGCAAAGUCGCGUCAAAGGUCGCUUUUUAUACCCCGGCAUUUUGAUCCUGCUUGUUCAGUAACCUUCUAUUUCUUUCUAGAGUAAACCGCUAGUAGUCCCAGUUCCUCAGGUUUGUUGCGCGGGCGGGCCUUUUUGACAAACGGUAAUUUUCGGGCUUGGUCAACUUACUUUUGCCUGUCGCUGCAUUCACAACAUUUUCCGCCUAACUAGCGUGAGGGACGAUUUCAGCUAUGGUAAAUAGGGAGCUUAAGCAACGACGUUUUUGAGCGACGCACGUCAACCGGAAGUGGCCUUUUUUCAUUUUUUGACGGUGGUUUCGCGCAAGUUUUCAGUCAAAUCGCCUCUAUAACAGUAAAGAAGCUAAGGAAUACAAAUUUUAUAUCAUCAAGGCAUGUUAAGAGGGAAAAUACCUCACUUCCGGUUGACGUGCGUCGCUCAAAAACGUCGCUGCUUAAGCUCCCUAAUGAGUAUAUGUCAGGGUCCUGUUGUUCAAAACGGGGAUAAAGCAAUCCACGGGAUGAAUCCCUAUCCGUUGGAGACGUACAGUGUAUUAGGAAAACUAAUCGCUUUAUCCACUGGAUAGAGAUUUACCGAUAGGUAGCGCUAUCCACCUUUUGCAGUACUGGGGCCUGGAGAAGAUAGCCUACGUAGCAGGCGUCGAAAGAGGCAGGGGAUUAGAAGGAUGGAAAAAAAAGGAAGGGGGAUUGCAUGUUGGGAAGGAGCGGGUUGUUGCUUGAAAAUGUUGUGAUUAAAGUCGUGGCGUUUUUCACGAAUUAGGGAGCUUAAGCAGCGACGUUUUUGAGCGACGCACGUCAACCGGAAGUGAGGUAUUUUCCCUCUUAACAUGCCUUGAUGAUAUAAAAUUUGUAUUCCUUAGCUUCUUUACUGUUAUAGAGGCGAUUUGACUGAAAAUUUGCGCGAAACCACCGUCAAAAAAUGAAAAAAGGCCACUUCCGGUUGACGUGCGUCGCUCAAAAACGUCGUUGCUUAAACAACAACGACGGCGAUGGCUGCGAAAACGUCACUUAAAAAGUGAAUUCGCGCUGCCUCAAACUUCAACGCGCUUAUUCCAUCUCGUUGAAUUUGUCCAAUGUUGGCAGAUUUCUCUGGAGUUCAAUUCUAAAGCACUGCUUCAAAGAACAGGAAAAGAAAAAGAAAGUCGUCGUUUUCUGUUCGCGUCCUCUUCAAAACGUGAAAUGAGGCACUUUCACGUCGUAGUCGUGCAGUGACGGCAAAGAAAUGUACAAAAAAACGUGAUGCACGUGCAAAGUUGUUAUUUUGCUGAUCCAAACCUAUUGCUUUUGUGCCGUUCUCAAUGUCGUCGCCGUCUCCGUUGCUUAAGCUCCCUAUUUUGAUAACUACACCGUCUCUCAAUAUUCUGCCCUUCUCAUAGCAGGUCAUUUAUAAUUUUUUUCUGGCUUUUCUUCCAUAAGGUACCAAGAUCGUGAAGGUUGGGCUCCAGCUAUGUACCUUAAAAAACCAAACCCUUCGCAGCUUCAAGCUAUGGGAUCUUCAAUAAAGAGAAAGGAUGAAACAAGCAAAGGAAGCGUACAGAGCGCCCCGAGGGUUUCUGGUAAGGCGACUUUGUCCUUAGUCAUCAGGCGGACAAGAUUUACUAAGGCAAAGAUUCACCUCGGAAAGUAUAAUUUAGAAAUUUUCCUAAUAAGGCCUCGGACACGGCAGAGGAACAUCACGCACGGCUCUGUAUUUUUAAAUACAGAGGCGUCCGGUCACCUCGCCACCAAUGAAAUCGCCACCAGGAAAUACAUAUCUUCAAAUACUUAUCGAAGUCUCAAAAAAAGAAUUCUUUCACUUUAAAUUUACGGAGCUAAGUAUUAACCAAAUUUCAUAAGAAAGGCUGUUGGAUUUUAAACAAAUCGCAAGUAAGCCGUAUUUGGGUAUAUUAAGAAGUCUCAACCUGGUCUCAAUUAUUCAGAAAAAAUAAAACUAAAGAUGAGAAGUUCGACGCAAGAUGUCAAUUAAAAUCGAUAAACUUAUAUUGAGGAAGGAACUAGCAAAUAAGCGACUCUUCUCCUCACUUUCUCAAAACAUUAAGGAUAAUCCUUGAGGCCCAUUAUUUCCGCCCCUGGAUACCAAAGACUUGUCAUGCGCGGUUUCCGGUUUCAGUCAAGUGCAUGUGACUUCGGCCUUCGUGUCCAACUCUGAAGCAUCCCGCCGCGCGACAAAAAUCCUUUGGUACAGUACCCAUGGUAAUUAUCUCCAAAACUGAAGCGAAAACUAAAAAGAGGUGCAGGAUUAGGCCUCCUUCUUUGAAUCACCAGCCCUUGAAAUGGAUUUGUUUUGGUUUCUUUUCAAAACACCGACAUUUUGGAAAGUGAGAACUACAUAGGAAAAAAAACACGCAACUUGAAACAAAUAUUCCCGUCGGUUAAAUAAGUGUUGGUGACUAACGACCACUCGUGCUCAAAUCAAGACCUUUAAUUUCCCUUGGGAUGGCACAUUUUUCCUGCUACUGAACAUUGGAUUACUUUUUGUUAUCAAACAGAAUCCAAAAGUCGGAAACUGCCACCAAGAAAAAGCUCGGUAAGUGUUCUGCAGUUGAUCAUAGUCGAAGUGUACGACAUACUCGGGUUUCGUAGGAGUAAAAAGUGAGAUCUUAAUGCAGAAGUAUUGUAAAUCAGUUGCUUUAAUCUAGAUUAAGUAAUGAGGUUCAAGACGUCUUGUGCAAGAGACAGAGGUCUCAUGUUGAGAUAGAAUGUCCAAGCUUAGCUCGUCAUGUCUCUUAUUAGGUCAGUUGGUUCAGCCGCGUGCUCGGGGACGAGGCUUUCGUGAGGGACUCGGCUGUUUUCUAUCUCCGUUCAGUAGCAAGCUCAUCACAUAUUGGAUAUUGAAUUAUUGUUAUCACACCUGAGAAUUACUGAACACAUUCCCUGCCUCAAAUAAAUAAAAACUAAUUGGCUUGUACAACUGGUGUUACUGAAAGCGCCCAGGCGGGUUUGGGGGUGCGAGCGCUGAGCGCGAGACACGCGAGAAAGGAAAAAUGUUAUUUUCCUUUUCCUUGCGUGCCCUGCGCGUCGCGUGCGUAUCCCUACGUACCAGCCUGAGUGCCCUCAAUUACGCCGUAUUGCAGGCUAAAAUGAAGAUUGUUCUCUGUCGGAAUUAUGGUAGUCUUCAAGGUCAAGGCUACAUGAUAUAUAAGCGUUAUUUACCAAGAGUGUAUGAGGUCAUUAUAGCUGGAUGGUAGUUAAGUUCCUUUUUUGCCUUUGUGACGUUUGACGGUGCGAAAAAAAAGUAUGAAAAAAGUAUCCAGCCAGGUUGACCAAUCAAAGAAAUAGACCAGGUACACACUUCUUGUCUGUUCGGAUAGCUAACCAAAAAUAGGAUUCGCUUCACCGUUGGAGAACUGAAAGCUUUGACUACUCCAAAUUUUUCUUUCUUCAAUUUUUUUAGGUUAAAAGGUCAGAGAAGAAGCUUCCUGUGCAUAUCACCAAUAUGUCCUAUGAGCGGUCACUUAAUUUACACAAAAGCCCUCCAAAGUCUCCUGAAGUGGAGUACUUUACGGUUGGUGACUUUCGUUCCUUGGGAAUCGAAGGCGCGUUAAACUUCACGGGAGGGGAAUCGGUGGAAGUUGUUGACAAAGCUCCUAAUGGGUGGUGGCUGGGUAAGAUUGGAGGCAAAGAGGGCUGGAUACCUUCAUCUUACCUGGGUAAAAGAGGCAAAGUGAAAACGUCUGAAAACGGCGUCUCACCUCAAAAUCAAAGACAGCGUGAUCGUCCAUUGCAAAACGAUUCGAAAAGAUGCACUCCCUCUUCAACAAACAAUUCCGAACCUCUGGCCCCUGUUUCUGAAAAGGCUUCUGACGUCCCUGCAACAUUUGUCGCUUUGGCGGAUUAUGACGGUGAUUUUGAAGGAAGUAUUUCAUUUAAGGAAGGACAAAUGGUACAUGUUAUUGAGGAGGAGCAGGAUGGGUGGUCAUAUGUCAAAAUACAAGGCAAUGAAGGAUGGGCUCCGUCUAGUUACCUGCAGGCUUCCAAUUCUGAGAAAAAGACUGCACCACCGAGACCAGCCGCCCCAGUGGGUUUACAACCUGGGAGGAAACCAGUGCCGCUUCCUGUUAAGCCUGUCACACCUGCCUCUAAACAGGAAUCUGUGUCUAAGAAACCAGAUCGUCCGGUUAAAGCGCAAGUGAAACCACGUGUGAAGAUGACCACUCCAGACGUGCCGCAAAAGCCAUCGCGAGUGGAAACAGCGUCUGCCUCGGAAAAGAUCAGAACGCUUUGCAAAGCCUUAGAAACGUUUUCCUCGGGUGAAGGUGAAAGUUUGUCAUUCUCUAAGGGAGAUGAGUUUGAAUAUUUAGAAGACUCGGGUAGUGGAUGGUGGCUUGUGAAAACAAGGGGUGGAAAACAAGGAUGGGCACCUGCCUCAUAUCUAGAAAAAAUCAACACUAAACCAAAAGUACCAACAAAACCGACAAGACUAGCAAAACCAGCUCCACCCAAAGAAAAUAUCCAGAGUAGCAAAGCUGUCUACGUAGCUGUGGCGGGUUACUUUGAUGAAGGUGAUGAACAAUGCAUCAGUUUUAAGGAAGGUGAUCAAAUGGAAGUGCUUGAAAUGGACGAGGGAGGCUGGUGGCUGGUGAAAAUCGGACAGAAAUCUGGCUGGGCGCCGUCUAAUUUUUUGAAGGCUUUGUAG